AUGGCGACUUCGUGUAGUAGACAAACCAUUUAUGACAUUAAUCGAUCAAAAAAGAAGAGGAAUGUGACAUUAGCAACGAAUGCCAUGAAUUUUUAUGACAUCAUUGCUAUGAUCAGAGAGCAAGACGCGCAAAAAAUACUGAAAAUAGAUUUAUACGCUACAUUUCUGCAUACUCCGAUCCUGAACUCCUUGUUCUUG